AUGGACACGCCUCCGACGUCAGCAGAAUAUGUCGGGGGCGGCUCUGGUGGCAGCCAGCCGGGUGCCCUCGUGUCCCGACGGCAUCCCGAGCUCCUCCGCUGCGACUGUGUGGAGGUGACCUGGCGUGGGAGGACGAGGAGGAGAGACCUCCUGCUUUUCCAAGACGCCCUUGCUUUUGCCAAGCGCAGAUGUGGCACCAGGUUCUGGCUGCAGCACAGGGUGCGUCUCGGCGAGCUGUGGGUGCUGUGCCAGGAGGAGGCGGCGUGCGGGUGUGCACAAGAAGACGCAGCGUUGGGCCUGGACUGCAGCUGUACCCUCAUCCUCGUCUGGCCCACCAGCCUCUGCGGGGUCACUUUUGGCUCGCAAGAGGUGAAAGAACUCUGGCUGGACGCCAUCCUCAGAUCUCCGGUGACGAUGGCUGCCCAGAUCAUCGAGACUCUGGUUCAGUGCCAGGCAAAAGCUCAAAGGCACCGAGAAGAAGACUGCAAUAGAACCCUGGCCAAGCAGCAAGGGAGCCCAAGCAGCAAGAGAACCCAGAAGCAGCUGGAGCCCAAAGCGCCUGAGCCUGAGGACAGCAGAGAGCACGCUGAUGUGCAGACAGAGCUGUGUUCAGAUGAGCCUGGGGACCACGGAAUAGAGGCGGAUGUGGUAGGUCAGGCAGACGUGCCCCUUGAGCGACCACCCUCGUUGCUCUGCGGCCUGGCAGAGGGCGGAGGAGCCAUGGCCAGGGCAGCCGACAAAGGAGAGGAACCUCGCGAACGCCAGCAGACAGAACCGCUGCAGGCAUGGGAGGAGACCUGUGAGAAGUCGGCAGCUCGGGCGUUUGCUCAGCAGGUCUUUGCUGAGCCCGACCUGGUCUUGAACAACCUUUGUGAGAGCAACCGUUCUAAUGACCCCAUUGAGAGAGGUUCUGUGACGGUUUGGGUUUCUUCCCUUUCCAGGCGAUCAGGGAGAUACAUUUCUUGUGGUGACAACCACAGCAUUGAGCCACAAAACCGAGAGCAGUACUUGAGUCAUCUGCAGCAGAAAGAAGUUACAGUACAGCAUUUGAAAACAAAGCUGAAGGAGUCUGAGAGCAAACUUCAGGAAAGGGAAACAGAAAUAGAAGAGCUCAAGGCUCAUCUGGCAUGGAUGAAGGAAGACUGGGUUGAGGAAGAGUGUAAGCAUAUGGAGCUGGAGCUGCACUUCUGGGAAGCGAGAAGGGAAAGUCAGGAACUCCAGCAGGCUGUUGAAAGCAUGAGAAACAGCUUGGCUGAGAAAGGCAAAAUAAUUCAGAAAUACUUCACAGCCAUAAGCAUUGCAAACAAGAAACUGGAAGCUUUGCUGCAGGGCCUGGGGAUGGCUCAGAAGAGCUCUGUGAGAGAUGAGCAGUGCCUGGAGUCCAUGUGAGACUCAGAGGGGAAGCCGUUAGCGUUGUGUGCCACGAUGCCAGGCAGCCUCACCACGGAGGACCAAGCUCUGGAGGAGGUGGCAGACAGUGGGCUGCUUCUUAAUGAGGACACCGCUAACGGGACUGACUCAUCUGAAGAGCAUUUGACCGCCACAACUUCUGGGUCGAGCGAUCCAGCUCCCUCCAGUUCUGCUGUGUAUCAAGAGAUGCUUGAAAAUGUUCUGGAUGAAAAAACAACUUCUUCUCGGGAGGAGGAGAAAAUCAGCAAGGUGAUGGUGGCACAGGCCAUCCCAACUGACCUGGUGCCAUGGAGCCUAGAUGCGGAGUAGCUCAUUCAGAACAUCUUCAGAGCUCGAGAUGCCUGCCCUCUAAUCCCACCUGCUUCACUGAAGGAAUUGGGUGAAAUUUCUCUUGGAAGCGUCCGUGAUUCUGCUACCCUAGUGGACUUAACUCCAAGUGAUCCAAACUCUGCCGUCCUCUUGUCUCCUAUGGAGUCUCCAUGCAGGAAGGUGGAGCAUAAAGUUAAUAAAAACCGUUAUGUGAAAGAACUUGAUUUUGCAGAACCUCAUCAUGCUGAAGCCUUUGGCUAUGUCAAUACCCUCUCUCAGACAGCUUGA